GUCAAAGUUCAGGUUCUCAUAUCCAAACUUGCAGAAAGCUGACUUCCGAUGUUUGGACCUCUCGCUGCCGCUUUAUCGACUUUUCUUGUCUAUUCCGUAGGAUUUCUCUCGUCUAUAACCCUCCCAAAUGGUCAACAGCACUGGCAGGUUCUACUAUCGCCCCAGCUUUCACUGCAUCCCAAACCCCCCAUUUUUGUCGACGGGACGUCAGGUCAUGCUUCAUAUACUAAACAGGCGAUUACUCCAGAGCUCUCUAUGUAUGUGGAGACUAUCAUGCGGGAAAAUGGUGUACCUGGUCUGGCCCUUGGCGUCUUUCAGAACUCUGGCGAGAGCGAGUUUGCUGCAUGGGGAAACAGAACAGAAGACGGAGAGGCCCUGGCCACAGACACGCUGAUGUAUAUCGGAUCGUGCUCGAAGGCUUUCCUCGCCGCAUCCAUGGGCAUCUUGAUGGAUGACUUCGCUCAUGGACGCAACACCACGUUACUUCCCGAAUCUGUGGUCCUGUUCGACUGGGAUACCAAGGUUAAAGAUCUCUUGCCCGGAGAAUGGAACCUUAUGGACCAGUGGGCAGAGGAAAAGGCCAACAUAAGGGAUAUUCUAUCUCACGUUUCCGGAGUUCCCAGGCACGAUGCUGCUUAUUCUCCUUCAGACACGGCUGCUAUUGCCAUCUCUCGUCUUCAAUAUCUGAGGCCGGCCUUCGAGCUCAGAGCCCAAUGGUCAUACAACAACAUCAUGUACAUCGUCGCCCAGCAUAUCAUCACGAAGUAUUCGGGGAUGAAUUACACGGCUUUCGUCGAGAAAAGAAUCUUUGCUCCUCUCAACAUGACUUCCACCACGUACUCUUCGAAGACAGCUCAUGCGUCCGGCAGGUUCACGCAAACUUGGUCAUCGUUUGGCCGACGAAUUCCGCAAUGGUUCGAUACCGUGAAUGAGGAGCUGUUAGCCGGUGCAGGAGGUAUAAUAACGACGGUAGAGGACCUUGAGGCAUGGACGCGAACCUUGAUGAACUCGGGCAUCGACCCACGAACUAAUCAAUCGAUCAUUCCGCGCUCUGCUUUCGAGGAGGCGACGACUGCUCACAAUAUCCUUGACGGGAAACCAGGAGCUUCUGGGUUGUCUAUUAUGGGUUAUGGUAUGGCGUGGGGGCGAAUGUCGUACCAGGGACAUGAUAUUGUGCUGCAUAGCGGUGGUCUGCCAGGCGCUACGGCGCUAGUCUCAUUCAUGCCAUCGGAGGGUAUUGCGGUGGUCGCACUUAUCAAUGCAGACGACAAGUAUCACUCCGUCUCCACCCCUCUUCUCUAUAAAAUCAUCGACGGCCUUUUUGCAAUAAACGGGUCCACAGCAACUGGAAGGAUCGACCCAGAAGCACAACCGAAGGCGCUUUCGAGCGAGGUCUUGGGUACCGAGUCACCACCCUUGGCAUUGGAAUCUUACGCCGGCACGUACAACAACUCGGGUUAUAACACCUUCACAAUCUGUGCACCAUCCAGCACCUCGCAGUACUGCGCCGAUGUUCUCUCCGCCUUCGCCGCCGUCGACGCACACGCACUCACAUCCAACCACUCUACGCCCUCUAUCGACAAGCCACAGCUAUUUGCUGCGUAUCCCAGCGCGUGGGCUCCGUACAUCCGCUUCAUCCACAUCAGCGGCCAAAGAUUCACCUGGGACUUGACGGCGUUGUUCGUAGAAGGAUACGGCGCUGAUAAGACUCCGUUCGAGGUAGUGGCUCAAGAUGGGACUGAGAUCGAGUUUGUUGUCGAUGGGGAGAGUGGAGAUGUGAGAGGCUUUGGGCUGGUCGGGACGGUGGUGGAGAAAAAUACGGAUAGACAGAGGAAGGGAGGUGGAAUACAAGAGAUAGCGGACGCGUGGUUUGACAAGAUGUAAGAUGAAGUCGGCAUACUACUUGUGAUAGCUCCAAUAUGCACGAUGGAGAUAGACUGGCUGUCGUGUGACUUUAC